CAUCACCACCUGCCUGCACAGCUUGGUCAAACAGUAUAAAACGCCUUGAAUCAAUUAUAAGUCAUGAUUGCUUCCGGUUCCUUCAACCGCUCAGUUUGCCAUCCAGUAACAUGACGUCAUCUGCCGCUCAUACGUACCGGCGCGCACUCGCCCCCUUCCACCACGAUGGGCCUUUCAGACCGAGCCUGCCUCUCCCGAAGCGCACGAAGCGAUCAAGUGCCUGUACAGCGUGUAAGGCACGGAAGUCGAAGUGCAGCGGCGCGCAACCUUGCAAUAAAUGCAUCGAAGUCGGCAGCACGUGUAUAUUUGAUACAGGUCUCGAUAGACGCAGGAAAUAUGCCCAGAGACACGCUGAACAGGAGCUUACCUCGUUGCGUCGACUGAUCGACGAGAUUGUUGAUGCUUUUGAUACAGGCGACCUAGCACAGCUGGGCGAGCUUCUUUCGAAGGUACGGAGCAGCAGUCGCUCGAGCCAGGCCGAAAACCAAGAGCAUAAUCUGCCAAGUGAUGAGCAGAUCGGAACAGACUUCAAAGACAUGGUCAUGUUUGUCCCAGGCAAGGAUAAGAGGCGAGUCUCUGCCUCUUCGGACUCCUCUGCGUCUGUUGGAUCUCUCGACGAAGUCGACACACUGACUGAAGACCCAAACCGGAAUCUGGAAAGCCGGGCAGCCGGUUAUAUAGGCAAGGAGUCUGAGAUCGCAUGGAUGCAGAAGCUGGAGACUGAAGCCAGCAAGCUGAACAAUGAAUCGCACCAUCGAUCACCCCCUAUUGAAAAGUCUAUCAUGUCAAUGAGCUAUCACGUCGAUUAUCUUCAUAUAACAGACUCACUUCCUACCGAGCCACGGCUAUUACCCCCGAAACCAUGGGCAGCACGUCUUGUAAACAUCUUCUUUGAAUCAAUUGCUCCUUCUUUUCCGCUAAUUAAUAGGCCAUUAUUUGCAUCCCAGUUUAAUUACGCCUUCAUGAGCUCCGAAGAACCUACACGGAAGUGGCUUGCUGUUCUCAACCUUGUGCUCGCUAUAAGUUCAAAGUAUUACCAGCUAGCUGAUCCCGUUGCUGGCAAGGAUGUUGAUGACCGCAUGUUCCUUUCGAGAGCAAUCUCCCUCAGCACUUCUCACAAUCUGGCACUAGAGCAUGCAGACCUACAUCAAGUCCAGAUUGACCUCCUGCUCGCCAUUUAUUAUAUGGUCUCGGGCCAGGUAAAUAGAUCAUGGCAGGCCAACGGACGUGCUGCACGCUCCGCAACCUCCCUAGGACUCAAUCUACGUGCAUCAUGUGAUCAGAUAGACGCGGUUUCGAAAGAGACGCGAACCCGCAUUUGGUGGUGCAUCUUCCACCUUGAAUGUCUGCUCGCCGGCAUGACUGGACGUUCUUCAUGCGUUGACUACCGGUCUAUCUCCCUUUAUCCGUCCGUCCCGUACGACGAAAGCAUGUUCCAUCAGCCUGGCUUAGAGGACCUUCUUGGGGAUACUGUAUUGCGUGAAGAGCGACUCCAGUGGACUUUAUACGCCAGCGAUUCAGAGCUCCAGACGAGAAGCAGGUGGUUCCGGAAAAUCGGCUCUACCCAGGCCGUCUACUUCUUCCAUCUGGUCGACCUCUCUAUCAUCACCCAUGCCGCCGUCGCCGCUAUAUACAGCGUAACUGCCGCUAAAGAUGGCGGUCAAACAAAAAUUCCGUACUACCAAGGAAAACUCCAAACCUGGUUAUCAACCCUCCAGCCCCCUUUUGCAUUUACCGACAAUUACAAUAGCCCAUUAUUAUCCCGCGACCGCCGUGGCCAGGUCAGUCUGGCUCUAACCUAUUACAGUUCACAGAUAAUCCUCAGCCGGCCAUGUCUCAAUCGGCCAGGCAUGAAAGAAGGAACAAACAUCCGCUUCCCACGCUCGCGUUUCGGAAACGACACCGCAAGAACAUGUGUCCAGUCCUCUCUCGCCCUCAUUUCCGUACUCCCUGACCAACCAAGUACAGAAUGGGCCCUCAAAAUGACCCCCUGGUGGUCCAUCCUCCAUUUUAUCAUGCAAGCCCUGACGAUCCUCCUCAUCCAACUCUCUAUCGGGCCGGUACCAUUCCUUACCAAUAACGGAGAAGAAGUCGGUCAGGGUGGUAGUGAUGCCGAAAUUGCGGCAACCGAGGACCGAACUCAUGUGACCAUACUGUCCGCGUCCAAAAAGGCUCUCCGUUGGCUACACACACUAGCUAAGGAUGACCCCUCCUCGCGCCGCGCUUUCCAGAUCAGCGAUGGUUUCAUCCGUCGCAUCGGCCGCGCCAAGGGACUAGAUCUCGCUGGGAUUCCCUCUGCCGCGGAGUUAUUAGGGAAAGCGCCAUCGGCAUUUAGUUCAGGCAAUUCGUAUCCCUGGAUAGAGUCGCCGCUUUCGGCGAGCUCAUCGAGUCGGCACCAGAGUGGAGAACGGGCUGCGAGUGAGAGCGGAAGGGGAAGUCGCACGACAAGGAUGCAGAAUAUGAUGAACUGGGGACCUGAUUGUACAGUUUGUGAGGAAGAGUAUGAACGUCAGCACCAACCGUUCGCCCUCGAUCCGGCGUUAUUCUCGGCUGAUAUGUAACGUAAUAUGCUUGUUAUCAACAAUGCUGUGUAGUUCGAGCUUCGGUCUGUCAUCCGUUGGUAGAUUAUAAUUGCAAGUAGGUCUCGUUCGUUGGGCUACACCACGAAGACAGAAGAUACGUACAAUGGGGGAGUCAAAUCUCAUCUACGCCCGAAACAAAGCUGAAUACCACUGGCAGUCAUAGCUGAGGAAAUCAGUUCAAAAGCCCAUUCAAUAGAAUUCGGACUGAUUGUCUAUUAAUGGGACAAGCAUCAGAUUUUCGUUUCAAGAAACCUGUCCCAUGCUCG